AUGAGCAACAUCAUACUCAAAACGAUUUCAACCUUCCCGUUUCCGGCAGCCACACCAACACUUUCAUCUCUUCCUCCAAAUCCCCUUCCAGAACCACCAGAUCGGGGAUCCCGAAACACACACAAAUCCUUCACACUCUUCCAAUCUCCAAUGGCACCAGAAACUAGGAACAAAUCCUCGAAGCCAACCAAACUUCAAAAAGCGGAAAUAAAGGUACAAAUCGUUCCAGUCAAAGCCGAUUCCUCCUCUGAAUCCGAAGAAGCGCCGCCACAACACCUCGAACUCGACAAUGGCGGCAGCGACUCUGGUUCCGAUUCAGACUCUUCCAUACACCUCCAACACAACCGCGAACAUCCCUUCACAAAAUUCCCCAACCACUUCCCAAUCUCAAAAACCCCCAAACACAAACCCCUCAAAAUCUGCACUGACGUCGGCAUUUACAGCAACAAACCCAGCAACACCACCUCCGACGACAACAUUUGUGAAAUCCUCCGCAACCGUGACUACGACUCCAAAUUCCCUUUCAACAUCGACAUCGAUUCAUUCCCCAUCCCAAAAGGACUGUCCCAUGAAACGAUUAGGUCAAUCUUAACCCUAAAAUCAGAACCGGAUUGGAUGCUCAAUUUCUGCCUCCACGCCUUCGAGAAAUUCUCCAAAAGGAAGGAACCGAAUUGGUCAGACAACUCUUAUCCAUCCAUCAAUUUUCAAGACAUCUGUUAUUACUCAGCUCCGAAGAAGAAACCCUCUCUUAACAGCUUAGAAGAAGCCGACACUGAGCUUCUUAGGUAUUUCAAUAAGCUCUGUGUUCUGUUAAACGAAAAAAAUCGGUUCGCGACUGUCGCGGUGGACGUCGUUCUUGAUAGUGGUGCCAUUGCUACUACUCAUAGGAAGACACUCGUGAAAGCUGGUGCUAAUUUUUGUUCGAUUUCUGAGGCGAUUCGAAAGUAUCCUGAUCUGGUUAAGAAGUAUUUCGGUAAAUUUGUUCCUAGUGAGGAUAACUAUUACGCCGUGUUGAUCCCUAAUACCGAUCCAUAUGAUUCAGGACCACCCAAAUCUCUACUCACAGUGUCAACCAUGUUUUCUGUAAGCCAUCCGCGACAUUGCCGUUUUGGAUAUGGUUUGACAUUGACGGAAGACACAAUGAGCAUUACCAAUUCAAUCUACACGAACAUUGAAGAUUUUCUUUUGUUCUCUUUUGGCGAAGCUAAUUCGUAUUGCUCCAAAGUUAUGCUCAUUAUUUCUCAUAAUUUACUUUCUGCAUGUGAGAAUAUGGGAUCUGCUACUAAUUGCACUGAUAAAAAGAAUGACUCAGUCCCUUGCCGUCAAAUGGGUGUUACUGGCCAGAGAAAUUAUUUUUGUCCACACUGGUCUGUUAAGGCUGUUGAUGUACUUGAAGCGGCGAAUAUCUUGCGAUACUAUGCUGGCGCUGCUGAUAAGAUUCAUGGAGAAAUGUUCAAAACUUCGAGGAAUCUUCAUUUGUAUACUUUGAUGGAACUUAUUGGUGUUGUUGGACAUAUUAUACAUUGGAAUUUUCUGACUGUUAUGUUCUUUACUAAGGUUGCUCCUUCUUUGGAUGCUGGUUGUACUAUGGUUCUUAAACCGGCUGAACAAACACCUCUCUCUGCGUUGUUUUAUGCUCAUCUCGCUAACGAGGAUGGAAGUCCGAAUGGAGUACUUAAUGUAGUACCUGGAUUUGGCGCAACUGCAGGAGUUGCUAUCACCUCACAUAUGGACAUUGAUGCAUUCAGUUUUACUGGUUCAGCCGAAAUGGGUUGUCGCGUAAUGCAGGCGGCUGCGUCGAGCAAUUUGAAGCCGGUAUCGCUUGAGUUAGGAGGCAAGUCACCUGUCAUAGUUUUUUAUGAUGCUGAUGUUGAUAAAGCUGUUGAUCUUGCUCUAUUUGGAAUACUUCAUAAUAAGGGUGAAGUGUGCAUUGCAUUUUCAAGAGUUUUUGUUCAAGAAGGAAUUUAUGAUGAGUUUGAGAAGAAAGUGGUGGAAAAGGUGAAACACUGGGUAGUUGGUGACCCUUUUAAUCCUGAAGUUCAACAAGGACCCCAAACUAGUAAAGUGCAGUUUGAUAAAAUUCUUAUGAAAGAGAGGGCCUUCGAAAACCACAUUAGUUCAAAUGCAUCUUCCCUUGGCUGGAUGGAGAAAAUUUCUUCUAAUGUUAUCAAUAAGAUGCUGGUAUUGUUAUCUUCAGCGUGUGGUUUAUGGUUUGGCUCAUGCAACCUGCCACUUCCUGGACAUAAUUAUGUUGCAGAGAAUACUUUGAAAGAAAGGAGGAAAAUCCAACAAUCAAAUGCAAAUCCUGCUAUUAAAAUUAGUAUUCUUGUUCCUCCUAAAGGACAUGUUCAGGUAGCUCCAGUGGCUAAACAUCAGCAUAUUGAGAAAGUGGAACCUCUAGUGCCACAAGUGCAAGCUGAAACAUCACUUUUCCAACACUGUUUCAUGACAUUUUACAAAGUUGUAAGGAGCUUUGAGUUGCAAUCAGAAUGGAAUUCAAUUGUUAUUGAAUUGGGUUUCCACUAG